AUGGCUAAAUCGCCGGACAAGAUCGCUAUCAAGGACGUGAGUACUCAGCUUUUUCUCUUUCAUUUAUAUUAUUUUAGCUACCAAUCUAUGGCGAAAAGAAACCACUGAGCUCCUAUAAGUUUGUGGAAGAAACUCCUUUGCCUCUCCAAACUGAGUUUGCUUCAAUUCGUUAUGCCUUUCGCGACAGUUACGCUUCAUUUUCCGUGAGUUAAAAUUUGGGUAUGAUUUUUGUUAGUUUAGAGUUUAAAUAAAAUUUCAAUGAAAUGACUGCAGGCUGGUAUAUGUUGCGUCAUGCGUGACUGUUGCACAAUGUUUUUUGGAAUAAAACGACAUGUGUUCUUUUUGUUUUUACAGGGGAAGUACUCCAAGUGCGACGGUCAGAUUUUGAUGAAACUUGGCACAAAUUUAGAAUAAUUUUUUAUAAGAUAUAUGCGAGAAUCCUAGCACGCGCUUUGCAGAAACAACCGGGAUUUUUAGAUCGAAAGUCGGCCAAAAUUUAGGACUUUUUGCCGAAUUUCGGCACGAAAAGUUUCAUGCCUAUUUCUACCGUAAAGGAUAAUGUUUCUACAAAAAAUCAAAUUUUUCCGCACGAAACUGCCAAAGUUGUGGCCAAAAAGCACUUUUCUCUCUAACCGCUCUCCACGUUUGGCGUGCUCUCUCGGCGGCAAAAACGUUAGAUAUCUCGACGGCGCGCGCAAAGCGCGAGCUAAAACUUUCAGGAAUUGAUAUUUAGUCCAUACCCGACGUGUGUGAAAAAUUUAAAGAAAAUCUGAGCGUCGCACUUGGAGUACUUCCCCUGUUAGUUGAAAAUUACUGACUUCUUAUGAUUUAAUUAUAUUAUACCUAAUCAAAAGUGAUAAUAAUAAAAAAGAUUUUACAAAAGUGAUUUCAGGAACGAUUCAAGAACGUUGACAGGGCCUUGGUAAAAUCGAAGAAUUUUGUGAAAGAAACCGACGAGUACAUUCGGAAUGAAUGGACCGUUCUCCCCAAGGCCGCGGCCAUCACAAUCGGAGGAAUGGCCGGCUUUGUGCUCGGACUUCGUCGUUAUGGUAUCAGAAAGUUUGUAUAUGCCACGGCUGGGUUGUUGACAAUGGCGGCCUUCUGUUAUCCCCAUGAAGCCAUCGAAAUCUCUCAAAUCGGAUAUCAGCAUGCCCUCAGGACUUGGGAAGAUUUCCAAAAAUGUAAGAUUUUGAUAGCUAAGUUCUUGAUCCCUGAUGACGUCAGCUUUCCUAAUCACUCUUGUUUCAGCCCCAGAGCCUGAGAAGAAGAAGAAAUAG